CGGGAAUCUUCACUGCUACACCUCGAGUGUGUCUUGGGUUCAUCUAGAAGAAGAAUCCAGAACAAAAAGCUUUUGUUAUACAUUGAGUUUUGAAUUGGCUGAGGAUGAUGCGGAAAAAGAAAAGAGCAUCGCUCGUUUCAGUCGAUGAAGCUCCAGCCUUACAGGAUGUUCCCAAAGCAAAGAAAAGCAAGUCAACUGGACGUCCAGCCAAAUCUGCUGGUGUACCUGAUUCUUUUUUUGGUCACAUGCUGCGGGAAUCGGGUGUCAUAAUGAGACAAGGCAACACAGCCAAUGAGAUCGCCGUGGACCAAGUUGUGUUUCAGAAAAGACUACAGCAGCAUCUAAGAAAAAAUCCCAGAUAUCCCAAUGUCAUUCAGGAGUUUAUAUCUGGCUUGGAGUCACACAUCGAAGAACCUGAGAUAUUUAGGAACUGCCUGCUUCCAUGUGUGCCACGUUGUGCAAGCGAGGGAGACACCAGUUCAAGCUCGUUUCAAGAGAGUCUGGUGCGAAUGCUUCUGGGUAUUGAGAUGCUGCAGACUCAGGUCAUCAACACUUUGUUUGAGAAGCUUCCAGAGUUCAUGUUUGAGGGUGUCGGAGAGGAUGGUCUGAAUAUUCCACACCUCAUCAUUAAUCAGCUGAAGUGGCUUGAUCGAGUUGUGGAUUGCAGGGAAUUGAGCAGUAAGAUAAUGCAGCUUGUGUCUGUAGCUCCUGUUGAGAUCCAGCGUGACAUCAUUUCCAGUUUACCUGAAAUACUGGAGGAUUCACAACAUGGAGACAUGGCCAGGGACCUUAAUGCCUUACUCCAGGAGAACACCCAGCUGACUGUACCCAUCCUGGAUGCCAUGUCCAGCCUUAACCUCAGCUCUGCAUUACUGUCUGAGGUUCGGGGUGCUGUCAUGGCGACAGUCGGCGCAGUGCAGCUGGAGGAUCUCCCUGUGGUAGUGAAGUUCAUCUUACACUCCAUCUCUGCUUCUGAUGCUAAUGAGGUGGUGUGUGAUUUACGAAAGAAGCUUGAGUUGGAGCAGUGUGUGUUGUCGUCAGCGCUACAGGCUUCUCAGAGCCUUGAAAAGAGCAAAAUGAACAGAGGGACCCCCAGUGUCCCUGCAUGCAGCAGUAAGGACAGCGUGGCUCUGGUCCUGGAAGUCAUUAAGUCAGCUGUGCGCUUUCAAAAGACCAUCUCUGAAGCCUGGCUCAAGGCUAUAGAGAGUGUCACUGAGCCUGAAGAUCAUAAGGUGGUUGACUUGUUGGUUUUGCUGAUUCUCCACUCCACUAACGCUAACCAGAGUCGACGCGGGGCAGAGAGAGUGCUGAAGGCUAAAGUGCGAGGCGGCCUCAUUCACGAAGCACUACUGAAUAAAACUUUUAGGGAUUACUCUCAGGUGAUGCGCGGAUAUUUUCCUAGCAUCCUGUCCUUGGCGCAGGGGCUGUUGCGUUCUACAGACUGCUGUGUUGUGCCGUUUGGAGGACACAUUUACAAACAGGCCUUCACUGCUUUCGACUCCUAUUGCCAACAGGAAGUGGUGGGUUCCCUGGUCACACACGUGUGCAGUGGUGUGAGUGGAGAGGUGGACGUGGCUCUGGAGCUGCUGUGUGAAUUGGUAUCCCAGAAGCCCACAGAGAUGGCCCAGUACGCUGUCUUUAUUAAGGGAAUUCUGGACUACAUGGACAACUUAAGUCCUCAGCAAAUCCGGCGUCUCUUCCAUGUGCUCAGCUGUUUGGCAUUCGGACAAGACCAGCAUGGCAGCCAUAUUCAGGAUGACAUGCACAUAGUGAUCCGAAAGCAGCUGUCCAGUACAGUGCCUAAAUACAAACGUAUUGGGAUCAUCGGUGCUGUUAUGAUGGUGGCCAGUAUGGCAGCACGAAGAGACCGAUCAGAGGGCUCUCAGGGAGGUACACUGCCUAAAGACACACAGCGACAGGUGACUACGCUUCUGGAGUUGGUGCGCUCGUGCAGUGAAGGCUCAGCCGAGGCCUCCGCACUGUAUUAUGACGAACUGGCCAACCUUCUGCACAACCACAGACUGGACCCACUGGUGCAGGCGUGGAUCGGCAAGAGUGUGCUGGAGGAUUUCCAGGAGGACUUUGUUGUGGACCUUGGACCAGAGAUACCAGGAACUGUUCCAUUCACUGCCUCAGUCAUGUACAAUCUGGAUGAAGAUGAGAGUCAGGGAGGAAUAGCCAUUAACCUGCUGCCCCUAAUGGCUAAGGAUAUACUGCACAAAACAGACAGCAACAGAGACGGCAGACAUGUUUCUCCUCUGUGUCUGUCCUCGUUCUUCAGACUUUUGAGGCUGUGUGAGGAGGAGCAACACCAAGGUGACCUGGAGGAGAUCGAUGCUCUUCUAGGCUGUCCUCUCAUCCUGACUAACAUGGAGGUGAUAGAGAAGAUAGAAAGUUUGUCUAAGGCAGAGCGAGAGUUUCUCUGCUCUUUGCUCUUCUGCACCAUCAACUGGUUCAGAGAGGUAGUAAAUGCGUUUUGCAAGCUGAAAGACCCUGAGAUGAAGAUGAAGGUUAUUACUCGUCUUCAGAACAUCACUUACCUGCAGACGCUUUUGGAGACAUGUUUGGCAGUCAGCCCGGGAUUCACUCCUCCUCCGGCUAAUUUUGACACUGAUAGUACGGAGGUUUUGGCUCCAGCGCCAUCUGUUGCUCCAACCAAGAAAGCAAAAAAAGAGUCUACAGGAAAAAAGAGGAAAGCGUCGACUAGUAAGAACACUUCGACAGAAGGCUCACAAUUGGAGGAGGCUGCUGAGGCUGAUGAACUUCAGGCACAGGACCACCCGGAGAAGGAGGCCAAAGCAGGAGUGAGUUUGUCCUCAUACCGGCCGUAUUUUAGGGAAUUAGACCUGGAGGUUCUGAACGUUUUGCAGUGUGGCCUGCUCUCGAGAUCAGUGCUGGACACAGAGCUCCAUAGCAAGGUACGAGAGGAGGUACAGCUGGGUCCUGCUGAGUUGGUGUUUCUGUUGGAGGACAUGUGGCAUAAACUGGAUUUCAGUCUGACUGCUGCUCCAGCCAAGAAAGUCCCAUUUUUUAAAUUGAAGACCGACAAGGCAGUGGGAUUCUCACACCUGCAGCAGAAAAGCCCCAAAGAUGUCGCCACUUGCUUUGUCGAGCUGCUAGAGACAUUGUGUACACACCUUGAGAACUGCCACAACCACUUCCAGACUUUCCUGACUGAAAACCAAGGAGUGGUGGAUGCACUAGGUGUGGAUAUGAAUGUACAGCAGCUUAUGAGUUCAGCUUAUCAUCUCCUGCUGCAGGUCUUACAUACAGCAUUUAGCUGGUCUGGAUUCUCCCAUCCAGAACAGCGGCCACUGUUAAAGCGUGCUCUGGGUGUGCUAGCCAGUCGACUGAAGGAGAAAGAUGCAGACCUAACCUUGGAGCAGCUUAUAAAACACAGUUUCGAAUACCUGCUGAAUUUCCGGAGCACCCUGCCCAGCCUAAACACAGCUCUGAUCCUGACACGGCUGCUCAUUGUGCUCAGUCAGUAUGCACGAUCCAGCCCCAGCUUCUACAGAGAACACACCGCAUCCCUGGCUAAGCAUCUCUUGUGUCAGGAGUGGGUGACAGGAAGUGGAGCAAAGGAACGUGGGAACAAGCACAGCAAUGCACUCCAGAGUCUCCUCAGUAUUUAUCUAGGACACGCUGAUGAUGUGCUGAGAGCAGUGGAAGAGAUCACGGAAAACGGGAUCUCAGAGCUAAUAAACGCCUCAAAAGACGCAAGCUCUCGCAGUUGGCGCACACUCAACAGGCAGACUUUCCUGGUGUAUUAUAAGGUUUUGAUGGCGGAGCUGGAGAAGUGUGUACGAAAGAUACCUCCUGGGAAACAGACAGACAGCAAAGAGGUUCAAAGCGAAAAACUUCUACAGUGGAACUUGGCUGUCCGGGAUUUCCACAUUCUCAUUAACAUGGUCAAGGUUUUUGAUAGCAGACCAGUGCUCAAUGUGUGUUUAAAGUAUGGUCGGCUUUUCCUCGAGUGCUUCCUUAAGCUUGGGAUGCCUCUCCUCGACUUCAGCUUUAAAAAACACAAGGAAGAUGUUCAGAGUUUACUGAAGACCUUCCAGCUCAGCACAAGGCAGCUUCAUCACAUGUGUGGCCACUCGAAGAUCCGUCAGGACACCGCGCUAACCAACCACGUGCCAGCCUUGAAAAAGCACCUUGAGCAGUUUGUGUAUCGUGUUAAGGCAAUGUUGACUCUUAACCAGUGCCAGGAGGCUUUCUGGCUGGGCAACCUGAAGAACAGAGAUCUAAAGGGUGAAGAGAUUCUCUCACAACGCUCACAAGAAAGUGAUGAUGAGGAUGAAGAAUCUUCUCAGGUAGAAGAGGGGAAUGAGGACGAGGAAAGUGAUGCUGACGAAAAGGACAAUGGGCAGCAGGAUGAAGAGGAAGAGGAAGACUCUGAUGUGUCAGACUGAUCAUGCAGCAAAAACUGUUUUUUAUCCAGUCAGAUUCAACUUUGCAUCUACAGAUAUAAAUCUCUUUAAAAUCAACAUGACAUCAUUUUGAUUCCUCGGCUUGAUAUUUGCUAAAACAUUUGGAUAAAAAUCUGAACACCUUUUACUCAAAUUGUUAAGAAUAAGAAAUUGUAAGAAAACUGCUUUCAGUUUUAAUACUAAUUUCUUUCUUUGCUGUUUUCAUUGUCUUUUCCUGUUGGAUUACAUCAUAUAAAAAUUUGUGUGUGUGUGUUUUAUAUAUAUUCAUUUGUUAAUAAAAUAUUAUCUUUUGAUAAUCUAUCAAUA